GUGGAGCUUUAUGGGAAUUGCUAUAGAACAACAGACAUGAAGGUAGACAAAGUACCUAUGCAGUGAGGACUGGCAGGCUUGCUUCAUGGUUCCCUGGAGUGAGAAAUAGAUGUGGUCACCUCACACACACCCCUAGCCCUUGUCUCUAUGCCCUGUGAUUUUCAAGGGACCGGCUUUUCAUACAAUGUGUAUUGCUCCGUGUUUGGGUACAAGAGGGAGAGAAUUUCACUGAAGGCUUGAGGAUGUCUUCCAAGCGACCAGCCUCUCCGUAUGGGGAAGCAGAUGGAGAGGUAGCCAUAGCGACAGGCAGACAGAAAGUGGAAGAAGAGGAGAGUGACGGGCUCCAAGCCUUUCACCUUCCUUUGCAUGUGAGUUUUCCCAACAAGCCUCAUUCUGAGGAAUUUCAGCCAGUUUCUCUGCUGACGCAAGAACCUUGCGGCCAUAGGACUCCCACCUCUCAGCAAAACACAAUGGAAGUUGAUGGCAAUAAGGUGAUGUCUUCAUUUGCCCUGCACAACUCAUCUACCUCACCCUCGAAGGCAGAAGAAGGUGGGCGUCAAAGCGGAGAGUCCUUCUCCAGUACAGCUCUGGGAACCCCUGAAAGGCGGAAAGGCAGCUUAGCGGAUGUUGUGGACACUCUAAAACAGAGGAAAAUGGAGGAGCUGAUCAAGAAUGAACCAGAAGAAACCCCCAGUAUUGAAAAGCUACUAUCAAAAGAUUGGAAAGACAAGCUUCUUGCCAUGGGAUCAGGGAACUUUGGAGAAAUAAAAGGGACUCCAGAGAGCCUAGCUGAGAAAGAGAGGCAGCUUAUGGGCAUGAUCAAUCAGCUGACCAGUUUGCGGGAGCAGCUGCUGGCAGCUCACGACGAGCAGAAGAAGCUGGCAGCCUCACAAAUUGAAAAGCAGCGCCAGCAAAUGGAGCUGGCCAAGCAGCAGCAAGAACAGAUUGCAAGACAACAGCAGCAGCUUCUUCAGCAACAGCACAAAAUCAACCUUCUUCAGCAGCAGAUCCAGCAGGUCCAAGGUCAGUUGCCGCCAUUAAUGAUCCCAGUAUUCCCUCCAGAUCAGCGAACUCUAGCAGCAGCAGCCCAGCAAGGAUUUCUCCUUCCUCCCGGUUUCAGCUACAAAGCAGGUUGCAGUGACCCUUACCCUGUUCAGCUGAUCCCAACAACCAUGGCAGCUGCUGCCGCGGCAACCCCCGGCUUAGGCCCGCUCCAACUGCAGCAGUUGUAUGCUGCCCAGCUUGCUGCGAUGCAAGUAUCCCCAGGUGGGAAAAUACCCGGCAUCCCACAAACCAACAUUGGUGCAGCAGUAUCGCCUACCAGCAUCCAUACCGACAAGAGCACAAACAGCCCUCCACCCAAAAGCAAGGAUGACGUGGCCCAGCCGCUGAACCUCUCGGCAAAGCCCAAGACAGCUGAUGGAAAGUCUCCCACAUCACCCACCUCUCCUCAUAUGCCAGCACUGAGAAUAAACAGUGGGAGCAGCUCACUCAAAUCUUCUGUGCCAGCAGCGUUAGCGAGUCCUUCCGCCAGAGUCAACACAAUAGAUAUUCUUUCUUCUAUCACGUCGUCAGGUUACUUAAACGACCAUGAUGCUGUUACCAAGGCAAUCCAGGAGGCCCGGCAGAUGAAGGAACAGCUACGGAGGGAGCAACAAGUUCUUGAUGGAAAGGUCGCUGUUGCAAAUAAUCUGGGUCUGAAUAACUGCAGGACAGACAAGGACAAAACGACACUGGAGAACCUGACUCAACAAUUGGCAGUGAAACAGAAUGAAGACGGGAAGUUUAGCCACACUAUGAUGGAUUUCAACAUGAGCGGAGACUCUGACGGAAGCGCAGGGGUUUCAGAAUCUCGGAUUUACCGGGAAUCCAGAGGUCGUGGGAGCAAUGAGCCCCAUAUCAAGCGCCCAAUGAAUGCCUUCAUGGUGUGGGCCAAAGACGAACGAAGGAAGAUCCUACAGGCCUUCCCUGAUAUGCACAACUCCAACAUCAGCAAAAUACUGGGCUCUCGCUGGAAAGCUAUGACGAACCUUGAAAAACAGCCAUACUACGAGGAGCAGGCCCGCCUCAGCAAGCAGCACCUGGAGAAGUACCCAGAUUACAAGUACAAGCCCAGGCCGAAGCGCACUUGCUUAGUGGACGGGAAGAAGUUGAGGAUCGGCGAAUAUAAGGCAAUCAUGCGCAACAGGCGUCAAGAAAUGAGGCAGUAUUUCAAUGUCGGACAGCAAGCACAGAUUCCCAUUGCUACAGCCGGUGUUGUCUAUCCUGGAGCCAUUACGAUGGCAGGAAUGCCUUCCCCACAUCUGCCCUCGGAGCAUUCGAGUGUGUCCAGCAGCCCAGAGCCUGGCAUGCCCGUUAUCCAGAGCACUUACGGCAUCAAAAGUGAGGAGACUUCUCACAUCAAAGAGGAGAUGCAGACCGACGACAUCAACGGUGAAAUGUAUGAUGAGUACGACGAAGAGGAGGAUGACCCCGAUGUGGACUAUGGCAGUGACAGUGAAAAUCACAUUGCAGGACAAGCCAACUGAUAAGGGGUCUAAAUUCUUGGUAUUGACCUUGGAGGACUUCAUUGGAAAGCCCCAACUGGUUUCUUACCCAGUGGCCAAGCACAUGAACUUCAUCCUCCUACACUGACUGUUACUUAAACUCUUAGUCUUAACUAGUUGGGACGUCUGCUGAUUAAUAGAGAUCAGCCUGCAUCGAAAACUUUUUAAAACAAACAUUUUUUUGUUUUAAACAAAACAAAAGUUUCAAAAAGAGACCAAGGCUCAGAGGAAGAAACCAUGACAAGGAAGACAACUAACAACAACAACAACAAAAAGGACGAAAAUAAGCUAUGGGUAAAAUAAUGCCAGUAAUUCAGCUGCUAUACCCAAGCACUGAAGUCUUACCCGUUCAACCUUUUAUUAUUAUUUUUUUUCCAAAUAAACUUUAUGGCUGUUUGUUCUACAAUGUUCUAGAAAAUUCUCACUCAGGUACACAGUGCCAACAAGUGGCUUGUGAAUGUGUUCUGUUGUUUUGUGCUACAGUUUAAAAAAAAUAUAUUUCUUUCGGUCGGGGACGGGGGAGGUAAUGCACCUGACAGGGAAAACAAAAGAGAUGAUAAAAAUUCUUUAUACUUCCCCCUCCAACUUUCCUACCUUCUUUCCCUCCUCCUUUCCAGAGAGAGUGUUCAAGACGCAUAUGUGUCUGGCUGGAAUGUGGGGACAGAACCCAUUUUGGUUCAUGUGGCAUUGUGUGUUCUAAUUCACUGCUAUACUGGUCAGUGGCAAGGAAGAGAUCCGGGCACAUCCUACUGGAGCUGCAGUACUACACCUGUACAAAGCCCUGUAGAGGUCUACAUUGGUGUAAACCAGCUGUAGAGUUGGAAGGUCCCUCAGGGUCUUCUAGUCCAGUUCUCUGCUGUAGCAGUUUCCUGCACUGAGCAGAGGGCUGGAUUAGAAGCCCUCCAAGAUCCCUUCCAACUCUGUUCUAUGGUUCUAUGAAUUAUUGUGCAGAUAAUUCUAUUAAUUAUUGCACAAGCUUCUGCAUGGUUUUAUAGAGUUACAGCUCAUACACUAGCCCUCAGCUUAUUUUACUUUUGCCUGUGUUCACUGAAUGCAGGCAUGGGAAGCGGGAUCACUGCUCCAUGUGUGUGUGGCCUUCUCCAGCUGCCAGGUUGUCCGCAAGGUUUCAGCCAAAGGUCUGAACUUUAGGAUUCUACCUGAGAUCAUCUGCAUUUAAGGUAUGCACUCUACUACUGAACUCUGGUCCUUCCCCUCCAAAAAAAUGCACCAUUUAGUCCCAAAUAAUGCAAUCACUUGGCUCUGCAUUUGGCCUCCCUUCCUCCUUGAUCUACACCCAUCAUUGAUGGGUUCCCUGGUCAUCAGUUGCCACUUGACCUAAAAAGCGCCUAGAGGAUUCAUGUGCCCUCAUCUUAUCUUGAUCUCUACUGGUCAGUGAGGGUCAGGAACUGAGCAUAUACUGCCAUAUGGACUAUAACUGGACAUCAUGUACUUCUGUUGCUACCAUCUCCACAACCAGUCCUUCUCUUUCUAGGCAGGGCAUCUUUUCACCAAUUGCACACCAGAUGUAGUCUCUGAGCAAGUGCCAAAUUUGUACUAAUGUGCUGAACUACUUCCAUUUCACGUUUUUGUUCCCUCAGUUGGAUAUUGUUUCUUCUUUUCUUACAUAUCAUCUUCAGUCUUAAGUUAGGGCAGUGCUGAGUCUUAGACAAUCUCUUGAAGAACCUGAUUACCAGCAGCUGGUGCAAUUAGAUUUUUUUUUUUAAUUUUAAGUUUUAUUUUUUACUCUAAAGGAAACUGUAGGUGCCAUUCUCAGGUGAAACAGCGAGAGAGAGAAAAGGAGAGAGAGAGAGAGAUAAAUAUAAGAACAAUAUUUAGAAAAAAUACUUUAUGAUCUUGGAUUUGUGUAUGCGUGUACGUUUUUGUGUGUGUGUGUUCAUGGUACUAAUAAGAAUAAAGACCCAGCAAUUGUUAGGGGGGAAAUAAGUUACUGGAUGAUGGUCCCACCUUCUUGAAAUGAUUGAGUCUACAUGAUGUCCUUAAUUGACACUUCAAAUUGCCGCAUAUAAAAGGAGAUGGCCCACUGUUUAUGUAUUAAAUACAGUGCUGAGGAAUAGAAAGGGUUACCCUUCUAAUAUUAAUAUUGGAAUAAAAGGGGUGAGGAUUGGUCAAUGCCUUGCAUUCAGACAUUCAGAACCCACAGCAUUGUCGUUCAGGUGUCAGGCAGUGACUGAAGUCAGAAGCAGAGCUGUUCAAACUCAUAAAAAUGGCAUCUUGGAUGAGCUGGACAAAUGCAGGCAUGAUUCACCCAGUAUGUGUAAACUCUUCAUCUUCCUUAAAGGAGUGAGAGGAUUAUGCAGACUGGUUGGGACAUUUUACUUAAGAUGUCAUGCUUCUAAUAUCAGGGCACACACUUCUGAAGCCUAGUCAGAAGCCUCUGCCAUCCAACAUACAUUAUAGCAGGUCCAGGUGUCUGAAAUGGGCCUUAGAAUGAGACAUAGCAAUGGCCAGAUCAGUCCAGCACUGUGAUACGUGACAUUGUCCCAAUGUCAUUGAGACAUUAUUUUUGUAUGGCAGAUAGACAACAGAAACAAAUAGGUUCUGAUUCACAAACUAACUAAAUCCAGGUACUGACAUUUAAGUUGAUUUAGGCUGCAAUCCAAUCCACACUUUCCUAGGAACAAGCCCCACUGAACACAGUGGGACACUUCUGAGUAAACCUGUGUAGGAUUGGGCUAUUAGUCCCUAUUAUUAUUAUUUGAUUAUUAUUAAUUCAAUUUCUAUACCGCCCUGCACAUAGACAUGUGCAUCUAGAUCUCCAGUGUCCAACAUUGCCUUAUUCGCUCCAAUGCAGAGAAUGUUUAGUAUGCACAAUUCCAUCCCAUUGAGAAUUCUCCCUGUUGAGCUCUCUCCCAAGCUGGAGGGAAUGAGACAGAAUGCUGUUCUCAUGGUGCUCCAUGAGCUGAAUCUAUGUAAGCUUGGCUCCCUGUCAUAAUGAGGAAGUGAAAGCUAUGAAAUCCAUGUGCUUUAUUCUCAUGUAAUAUUCUUAAGACCAGCAUGUCAACCAGCUGAAAUCCAUAGGAGUACAAUAGCUUAAAUCAAAGUACAUUGGCAUAAGCAGUGAUUCUGGCUUUCAGAUGGCAGUCCAGAACCACGGGCAACCACAGUGAUGGGCAUCCCGAUUUCAGAAUAAGUGGUUUCUGUACGGCAGCCUGGCACCUCUGCUUUAAGAAACUCUAUUGUGGCAGCAAUUCACAGAGUGGCGUGUUCUAAUGUAGAAAUACAUGAGACUCAUAAGUGAAGCAAAUUGAAGAGGCUCAUUCUUAUAUUCAGUGUGCUGCUAUGAAUCCUAUGCAUUGUAUAUGGCAGUUCUCCAUAGAAAAUGCCACACAUAUGCUCCAGCAUUUACAUGUUAAAAAUCAAGUUUCUAUCCCUUAUCUCCACCCAGAUAGCCUGGAGUGUUGAGUGGGCAAUGCCUGGUGCAAUCUCAGACGUUUAGAGGAGUUGCCGAAUAACAUUUCCAGCAGUUUGGGAGUGAGGCUUUAAUGCUCAUUCUCAUUCUUUGGCCUGCCACCGGAUAAAUUAUGUGGGGAAAGAGAGCAUUUGGGUGUUUGCUUCCUCUGCCUCAUUUACAUAGGUUGCAGAAUUCAGGUUAUCUUGAUGCAGAAUUCUGGGGUUUAGCACAGAUACAGCCAGAAUCCGCUUAGCAUGGUGCAUUCCUACGUCUGUCUGCGCUCUGUUUUCAGCAUGUCCCUUUUCCAACCAUUUCUGCGGUGCAUCAGGUGCUCUAGAAACCCGACAGAUGUUGAAAUUCUCUUCCCGAGAUGUGACACCACACCCUUCAGUAGUAACACCAUUGCACAACACUGGUGUAAUUCAAAAGGCUGUGUUCUUACACAGGCCAAGCAGUCAAGAUGCCCUAUCCUACAUCCUCAUUUACCAAUGCAGCCAGCAUCGGAAAUUCAGGAAAUAUUCCUAAAUGAGAAAGAACGGGUUGAUUCAGUGCAAUAAAUUACUAACAGCAGGUGUGGAAUCAUCCUCAUUCCUUUUGCCAGGACAGACUGGAUUAGUACCAUUCAAGGGAUACUUAGUUAUUGAGAUUUGGGGCCGGGUUUGUUGACUUGGAGGUUCCUUCCAUCUCUGUACGUAUGUUGGCAAGUCACACAGGCAAUAUACAUCACUUGUACAUUUUCCAUCAGGUGAUAACUGAACAAUUGAUACUUCUCAUUUGUAUGUGUGAACUCUUAAAAUAAUUGUGUAGGGAUCAAUGAGAUGGGUGGUGCUGGCACAAAAUGAGUGUCUCAUGGUCGACACACUCUUGAAAAUAUCUGGUCAUAUUCAGUGACUAUAAUGUAUUUGCCUGAGUGUGUCCAAUAUGGUGGCAAGCCAUAUCUGACAACAGUCCUGCAGGCACAGGACAUUGUUUCCAAGGUGGUGAUAUUGUCAUUGGAAGUCAUUACCAUCAUUUUGUAUAAUAUUAGAUAUUGAUAGUACAACUGUUUUAUUUGCCCUCAGAUUUGCAAAAAUGGUGGCACCUACAGAUCUCCUGGCAUUGAUACAGAACAUGUACUUGGAACAUUCAAAGUGAAGUCUAGAUCUGAGGGUGAUCUAGGCUUGGACUUGGUAGGGAAGGGACUCCAAGGGUAAAGACCAGUUUCGGAACUGAUCAGCCAGUCUCCAUCCAUCCUUAGUAACCCUUUGAAGAAUUGUGCUCUCAUUGAUCAAGUCAAAAUGUUUCGACAAACACAGGGCUCCCUGUGCAGACUUCUGGCAAACCAAACAAUUCCCCCGAGUCACUGAAGAGUUUUGACAAUACUUUGGUGAACAGAUAAGAUGCGUGUUAUAUCACUUAUAAUCACACCUGUAUGAUGAACAUCUUUGCUUUUAUGAUUUCCACCUCUGCUUCAGCAAUCCCCCCGCCCUCUCUCUCUCUCAAAAGACUUGCUCUGGGUUGACGUUCAGAGUUAGUGCAUCAUGUCCGCUAUGUCAGAGAUGUCUUGUUUUGUAUUGGUUGUAUUUGAUGACUGUGAGGUUUAAUUUUUUUCCGUUGAACUGCCUCUUCAUGCUAGUGUUGUAAUGGUACUUAUAAUAAGAAUAAUAAUGGUCAGCUGUUCCCAGAUAGCAAAAUAUGCAUAAUUUAUUGCCCUCUCUUUUUCUGCAAUAUGUUAUUAUUUCUGAUUUGGCAGUUAUCACAGACAACAAGUACAGCUGUUAAGGAUUUGUGUGUCCCCCUCCCACCCAAGUAUCCUCUUCAUUUCCUUUUGAUAUAUAAUAGGAGAACAGCAACAACUUUUUCCCCCUUUCCCCCCCUAUUCCUUUUAAAAAAUAAUAAUGUUGGGCCCACUGUCCCAUCAAGUUCAGACUUUUCUUACAGUGAGGUGAAUAAUGGAAUUGAUUCAAUACUUAUUUGGUUUGGGUUAUUUAAUGACAUUUUAGAAUAUAUAUAUAUCUUUUUCUAAAAGGACAAAAAACUAAAUCAGAUGUUCCCUGUCUUUGUGAACAAAAUAUUCCUGACUCUUGUGGGUUCAACCUCACAUUUGCUGGACACAAUUCCCAACAUCUUCUAUAGUCUGGGUUAAUUAUGUGACUUUGGACAACAUGAAUACUUUGUUUUAGCUCCAGGUUGCUUCCACCAAGGUAGGCAUGGUUGGAGCAAGUCAUAAACACACUACUUAUGGGGAAUAUGUCUUCUUGAGUGUUCCUGUGAUGCAAGCACUUAUAAAUGCAUGCAGACCUCUUACUUGCAUCCCCCGCUCCACUGAGGCAAGCUUCAAAAGGGAAUGAGAUUUUAUUCCGUAAUGUAGAUCUGAUUGCCCCACUCAAAAUUGCAUUGGACUUCUAUUACUGCAUUGGCUGUCCUAGAUUGAUUCCAGUGGGUCUGUGCUUGCAAGCGUUUGCUCAGCUGGGUCUAAGCAGUUGAAAAAUCUUGUGUAAACAUGGACCACUUCUGUGAGUAACUGGAAUAGUACUGAUCUCCAUUUCAUGGGGGAAAGCAUGCUUUUUUAUGGGGGGAGAAAGUGCUUUUAUAUUAAGCCAAUUCACUGUAUGUAAGGCAGAGUUUUCAAGGUUUGGACUCAAACUUCCUAAUGAGGUAGCCAUAAGAAAUAAUAUGAAGGGUGGAUCCAUUCAACCAGUCUCAACUUUAGUCUCAUGUCAACUGUUGCAUGGGUAGAUUCAUCUUGGCUUGCCUGAACAGGAAAGAAAGUAGAUCUGGGCAGAUAUGGAGAUUUUAUCCUAGGAUAGCAAGUCUCAAAUUUAACAGGUUGGCUCUGAGAUCAGUACUAGGAGUAUUAGGCAUGAUCUAGCUAACAGCAAGCAUGCUAGCACAUGUUUCAAGCUCCCCACGGAAAUCAGUGAAAUAAAAAGGGCUUAAUUCUGAUUAGAUUGUGUCUGAUCCUUGAGCAUUAAGACCCACUGGUUUUGUACCCCUCCAAUAAAGGUAAAAGUAAAGUGUGCCAUCAAGUUGAUUUCAACUCCUGGCGCCCACAGAGCCCUGUGGUUUUCCUUGGGUAGACUACAGGAGGGGUUUACCAUUGCCUCCUCCCACACAGUAUGAGAUGAUGCCUUUCAGCAUCUUCCUAGAUCGCUGCUGCCCAAAAUAGUACCAGCAGGGCUUCAAGCCGGCAACCUUCUGCUUGUUAGUAAAGCAUUUUCCCACUGUGCCACUUAAGGUGACAUACCCCUCCAAUAUCCUCCCAAUAUAUUUUCAAGCCACCUCUUCCUGUCCAGCUAAGAAUCUUAUAAAUUAUUGUUUUGUGGGGGUUGAAGUCUUACAUUUUUAUCCUAGUGGCCCUGAUCCAGAUAAAGUUAAUCAUGACUAAAUGUGUAAAUAUGGUUAGAAGAAUUGUACUGAAAAUCCCAUUGAAAUCAGGAGAACAGGUGGGAUUAACUUAAUUCCCGUCAUUUUCAAUGAAACUUAGUGAUAGUUAACUUUAACUGAACUGUGGCCAUUGUCCGACAUCCAGAACAAAAAACCACAUGUGGAACGAGCACUCUUGUGCUAGUGCAAGAGGAUGGCUUAGUUGUGCUAAAGUGGGGGAUUUUCACAAGAGUGCACCUGUGCUAUAGUGCUCUUUCACAAAAAUUCCCAUUAAAAUAAAUGAGGCAUGAUGCAGUCAAACAACACUAGUCUGCAAUGCAAGCUCCAGACCUAAUGCAACUGCUAAUGAACAUAAGAACAGCCUUGAUGAAUCAGGCCCAAGGCCCAUCUAGUCCACCAUCCUGUUUCACACAGUGUCCUUCCAGAGGCCUCUAAGAAGCCCACAGGCGAGGGGCAUGCCUCUUUCCUGCUGUUGCUCCCCUGCAACUGGUACUCUCAGGCAUCCUACCUCUGAGGCUGGAGGUAGUCUGUAGCCCUCAGACUAGUAGCCAUUGCAACAGCUAGUACAACAUCCUCCCACAUACAGUUAAUUGGUCUAUAUGUUGGCCAUUUGUCUUUUAAUGCAAUACCUUUCUCCUCCCUGACACUGUAUGAUCUUGUAGAAUAACAUAAACACAGGCAAAAAUGAGAAAGAAAAUAUUUCAAAAUUAUCAGCUUAUAAGUGCAAUGAAAUAUAUUCUUUCCUCACACACACACACACACACACACACACACACACAAAUUGUUCAUGCUUUAUAUUGGCAAAAUAGGAUUGCUAAGUGCAUUUAACAUCUUUCUGUAACUGUUCUGCUGUAUUAAUCUCAAAGGGGACACUAACUAUUAUUACAGUAUUUAAUUAGUUGAGUAACCAAAUCCUCUUAUUAAUGAAUGGAUAGGGGGGAAUUCUUUCUUCGGUGACAAUGUUUCAGAGAUUGGGUUUUGGCAGUAGACUUCCUUCAAUUAAUUAUUUUUUAACAAAAGAAAUUGUCUUUAACCUUCUUACAACACAUUUUCAAACCCACCCACCCCCCCACUUGGUAACAUAAUCCAAAGGAGAUGAACACUUAUUGUUCUCCCAAAGAAGUCUCUGACAUCACGUUUCUUCUAAAGUUGAAAAUAAUUACACUCAGUACAAACGUAAGCUUCUCUUAGCAAAAACUUAUCCCCUAGAAUUAAUGGCAACCACACAAUAGCGUCUCUUUAAAGACAUGGUUUAAUAAGGGUGAAAUGUUUGGUUUCUCCUUUCUGAUUGAGUCAAUUCACCAAGCUUGAAUCCAAAUGUGUUCAGCUCAUAAAGCACAGAACUCUUGUAGUGCUAGUUUAAAGUACAGUCUUGAAGCAUUGCUGUAUUAGAUUCUGUGCCCCCCCAAAUCUCUUUCUCUCUCUUUUACCAACACUCAAGUUGUGAUCCACACAAUUUUGGUCCCAAUUCAAAGAGAUACAGUUAUGCUUAAAUCCUGUUGAAUCCAGUGGGGUUUGUUAACCAUGACUAACUGUGUUAAACAUAUGCUUAAUAUUCUCCCAGUUACAGUCAAUAGAACUUCGAAUGGUGCUUAACUUUGGCUCAAUUCUGCCUUUAAAUUUCAAGUCAUGCCAAUUUCAACUGUUUUAGGUGAUAUAUCUUUUGUAAAGGUCCUGAAUCCAACAAUGUUCAUAACUGCGGGUACUGAGGGGAAAAACAAAUAUAGACAAUAUGCAUUUGGAGCACUAUACCGCCCAAGUUAUGAACAUUUACAUUCCAUUGCAUGAAGUGAAGAGUUGAGUUAUGUGUUUAAAUGUGUCCCACUGAAAUGGACAAAAUUUGCAAGUGCUUCAUUUUCGCUGGGUUGCGAAUUUUUGUAAGACAUUUUAAACUAGAAUAAUUUACUUAAGAAACCCUCCACCUACCCACAAUGCGUUUCAGCUCUCAAGCAUGGUCAGACUGUGAAAUGCGGGUAUGUUUUGCAAGAUGUGCCCAACCAUUUCACCAGCUGCCCAGAGAAGAAAAAGAACUCACACAACAAUAUUCAUUUGGAUCACUUCCCCAGUAUAAAACUGAUCAUGGGGUCCAGCCCUCAGACGUGCCCACAGGGAAGCAGUGAUAGGCCCCUUACCCCAUCUCGCUAAUACCAUCUUUGAAAUCUGAUAUGCAGGGCCAGUUUGCACGACCUCUUUGGCUACCUCCCAGAAGAAGUUAAUUGCAUUAAGUUCUGUUGAAAUUAGUGAAUUUCCUAGGCCCAGUGGUUUAGAUAGACUUCAACGUGGUUAGCAAUAGCGGGGUCAGAACCCGAGUGGAACACACAGGUGCUCCUCCCAUAUCCUUUGGCAAGCACAGAGAAAUGUAUUGUGUGGAUUGACCAAUCAAGCAAGCCACAUAUAUGGCUGGAUGCAAUUUCCUCAGUAGUGUAGGCAUUUCUUCAGAAACACUAGGGGUCCUGAGAAAUGCUGGCAGCCAUAUCCACAUAGUGGAGUGUGUCUGGUGAUGAUCAGGAGUUAUUUGUGUGUGUGUUUUAAAAAGUGUGCUUUGGCAACCUGCCUCCAGUCAAUCAUCUACUCCCAUGUAGCAAGCUAUGAGGACUUUACGUUUGUGAAAUGGUUAGUUUCCUCUCUGUGUGGUGAGAGAACAGCCACCAAGUUCUGAGCGGUGGAUAAUUUUGAAGUAGUUCAUUGGAAAGGAGCCAGACAGACAUGCACCUUACAAAAAUGCUUUAGCUUAUCAUAAUGGGAUCAUAGAAUGUUAGAGCUGGAAGGGAUCUUGGAGGUCUUCUCCUUUAGCCCCCUGUUUAGUGCAGGAAACUGCUGCAGCAUCCCUGAUGGACGGCUGCCCAGCCUCUGUUUGACAACCUCUAGAAGAAGGAGAUCCUUUUCUAGAAGUUUUCAAACAAAGGCUGGACAAAUUAUUAUUAUCCUCCAGUGGAGACUCUUACCAUAAUGGAAACUGAGAUCAUGUUCAAUGGCAGCACCUAUUUUCCAUUAUGGGUCAUCCUGAGAAGUGUGCGUUCGGCUUCAUUUCUACAUGUGCACCUUUUCUUCUGGAUUUUAUUUGCAAGAAUUUGUUUUGUCCACUGAUCAGUUUAUCUCCCUGGCCUCCCAGCUUUUAAAAAAGAAUAGCUUACUGAUACAAGGGCCAAUCUGCCAAACACUGUACAGUGACUUCAUGCCUUUCACUUGGGUGGAACAGAAGUCUUAUAGAGGCCUCGAUCCAGGCAAUCAGUGGAGCAGCCCCCACCGUCGCUAAGCUCACACACAAUCCUCUUAUUGUAUGACAUAUUCCAUUAGAGAUAAUCUCCUUGAUCCAAGAAUCUGGAGUGGAAGAGGGAGCUGUUGUCCUCUCCUGCUCGUGUGGAGCUUUCCCUCUCCCUCGGCCAAUCAAGUAAUCAGCACUAUCAACUGACAGCACUUACCACCUGUCAGGCAGUGAGUUGAAGGCAGGGAUGAGAGAGCCCUAGACUGAACCUGGCACCCUCAUCCCCUCAACACGCUUAACAGUAAUUGACAGCACCAAUCACCCAUCAGUGCAUACAAGGUGUAUUAACAUUACAUACAUACCCAUUUGCAUUGGCAUUAGGAGAGAUCUAAGAAUAUAUAAGCCACCUGUUUCCAUUCAUGAGCAGCGCUUCUCAGAUCAGGGUGAAUAUAUAUUUCUCUAGCUCUGUUGGUUCUAAAGCGCUUAUUUCUCCAAACUUUUUUUUUAAAAAAAAAAUUAUAAGCCGAAAAGAAGAAAAAUGCAGAAAAAAGAAAAAAAGAGAGACAAUCAAAUGCUUGGAGCUUAAAACAAAGUACGUGUGCAACCUACCAUCUCACUUGAAAUUUAAUAAAAAGAAAAUAAUUAUGUAAAUAUAACAUAGAGUUAUAGAUUUAUAUUUUGUUCAUAACACAUAGUGUAAUAUAAGUUGUAUAUUUUCAUGUUUUGGUUUUAUGUUAUCAUUCACGCCACAGUAAAUAAAAAAAAAUGAGUUGAUGUACUCUUUAAAAAAUUCUAAGAUGUGGGUUGCCAGAAUCCUGGUUUGGGGGGAGUGGGGAGUUGGUUCUUUUUUUCAUUUCCCUUUUUCAGUAUUAUUUGCCCUGCAAGGCACCAAUAAAAACAACAAAUGUGUUCUUUACCUAGA